UGUUGGCGAAGGUGAGGCUCGUUAGGGAAACUACAGAUAAGGCCAUGCAGCGUAUUAAGCAACCAAAUACUGUACUAUGACUGUUGGCAUACAAGUGACUUCUGGUGCAUUACAUGGAGUGACUCGGCUGCGUUUGGUGAAAAGAACACGCACUUUUUUUUCUGAGGAAUGCCGAAGGCUAUUGAGAAGAACAUCGCAGAGUGCCAAAGACAACAUGAAGAGCCUGUUGCUGCUUCUUGUAGCAGCCUUUGGUCUUUGCUGGAGCCAAUACAAGUCCAGUCCGACACCUGUCAGGACAUCUAUUGUUCACCUCUUUGAAUGGCGCUGGGUUGACGUUGCUCUUGAAUGUGAACGUUAUUUAGCCCCAAAUGGAUUUGCAGGUGUUCAGGUUCGCAACUGUCGCCUGUCUGGUCUUGUUGAUCUUGCUCAAAGGAGAGAUGAUGUGCGUUCAAGAAUAGCUGAAUACAUGAACCACCUGGUUGAUAUUGGUGUUGCAGGGUGCCGGAUUGAUGCUUCCAAACACAUAUGGCCUGAGGACAUAAAUGCUAUUUUAAGCAAAGUACAUAAUUUAAACAUGAAAUGGUUUGCCAAAGGUUCACGACCUUUCAUCUAUCAGGAGGUUAUUGACUUGGGCGGUGAAGCAGUCCAAAGCUCGGAAUACUUUAGAAAUGGUCAGGUGAUCGAAUUUAAAUAUGGUGCAGAACUUGGGAUUGUCCUCCGCAAAUGGGAUGGAGAGAAGAUGGCGAACUUGAAGAGUUGGGGAGAAAAUUGGAGUUUGAUGCCUUCUGAAAAAGCUAUUGCCUUUGUAGAUAACCAUGACAACCAGAGAGGACAUGGUGCAGGUGGGGCCUCCAUUCUUACUUUCUGGAACCCCAGACUCUAUAAAAUGGCAGUUGGCUUUAUGCUUGCUCAUCCCUAUGGAUUUACACGAAUAAUGUCAAGCUACAGGUGGCAAAGAGUUAUCCGGAAUGGAAAGGACUUGAAUGACUGGGCAGGACCACCAAGCAACAGUGAUGGAUCAAUUAAACCAGUUACAAUUAGCACAAAUGGCACUUGUGGCAAUGACUGGGUCUGUGAACAUCGUUGGGAUCAAAUAAGGAAGAUGGUGACAUUCCAAAAUGUUGUGUACGGCCAACCUCUUACAAGGUGGUGGGACAACAACAACAAUCAGGUGGCAUUUGGACGCGAUGGCAAAAGGUUUAUUGUGUUUAAUAAUGACAACAGGGUCUUGUCAGUAAUGCUACCAACUGGUCUUCCCCCUGGCAUUUAUUGUGAUGUCAUUUCAGGACAAAAGGAAGGCAACCUCUGCACUGGAAUUCAAAUCCAUGUUGCUGCUAAUGGUACUGCUGAUUUUCAGAUUAAUAGCGAGACUGAAGAUCCAGUCAUUGCAAUUCAUGUUGAAGCCAAAUUAUAAUCCACAUUAAACCUCUUUGUUUUUCACUUAAAUUCUCUGUUUACUAUAAAGCUAACUUUUAAAAAAUGUAAACCCGCGUAAUUAUCUUCUCAAGAAUAAGCACUGCUCAAGUCACUUGUGUCUCAGUCUGUAUGUUUCUUUUAUUAAUAAUUUUAAAUUUCUUUGUUGUUCAUCCUAAUAAGAAAAGCCCUGCUGGAUCAGGUCAGUAUGCCAUCGUGAUCCAGGAUCUUGUUCCCAGCACUUGCCAGUCACGUGCCCAUGGGAGGCUCACAAGCAGGAUCUGAUGACGGCAGCUUUCCCCCACUGUUUGUCCCCAAACAUCUGAUAGUUACCAAUGUGGAGAGAGGAUUUGCUUCAGAGGGCCAAACUACAUAUUACAAUAGAUACACAGAGUGCAGCUACAACUUCAGAUUUUUAUUUAUUUACAGGCAUGGGCUGGGGAGGUCCAGAUUCCCCUGGACUGCGGUGUUCUGCAUCCCAGAUGUGCACGGCACAGCUAUGAAGCUUAGAAAGAUGUUGCAUUUGACACCAAUGGGAAUCUUUUUUUCCUAAGUCUUGUAGCCAUGGGGGCAAUUGUUGGCCAGAUCCCAGCUGAGGAGGGAAAAGAUUAACCUCCCCUCCAUGCCUGUGGUAGUCCAAGGAAAAUUAGGAUGCCCCCCACACCACAAUGCCUGUAAAUAUAUAUUUUUUAAAAAAUAAAGAUGUAGCUGUACUUCUGGGAAAUAGGCCAGUUUCCUCUAGAUGGGGUUGCAUUCCCUCUCAAAGAGCAGGUCCCCAGUCAGGGGCUGCUCCUUGACCCAUCUUUAUUGCUUGAAGCUCAGGUGGCCACGAUGUUGAGGAGCACCAUUUACCCCACUUCACCGGUUUCUGGACUGAAGUUGUUUAGCCAUGGUGGUCCAGGCAUUAGUAAUCUCAUGACUUGAUUACUGCCAUGUGCUCUGUGUGGGGCUACUCUUAAGUCUGGUCCAGAAGCUGCCACAGAAUGCAGCACCCUGGUUGUUGACCAGAGCUGGCUGUCAACAGCAUAUGACACAUUGCUGAAGAAUCUGUACUGGCUGCCAAUAUACUAGCAGGCCAAAGUUAAGGGUAUAAAGCCCUGAACAACUUGAAUCCAGUCUACCUGGAGGACCACCUUUCCCAAAAUCCCUGCUUGUUUCUGCCAGAGAAGCAUUGCUAACUGUGUCCCUUAUGACAUCCAUCUGGGGACCCACAAGGAAUGGGGCAUUUUAGCUCUUGAGAGCCAGUAUGGCGUAGUGGUUAUGUUGGACUAGGACCUGGGAGACCAGGGUUCAAAUCCCUAUUUGCCUACAAAGCUCACUUGGGUGACCGUGGGCCAGUCACUGCCUCAGCCUAACCUACUCAGGAGGUGUUGUGGGGAUUAAUUGGGGAGGGGGAGAACCAUGUACACCACCUUGAGCUCCUUAGAGAAAAAGGUGGGAUACAAAUGCAAUAAAUAAAUAAGCUUAGCAGCACCUCUUUUGUGGAAUCCAUUGCCUUUGUAUAUUAAGCAGGUGGCUUCUGUGUUUAGUUGUAGACACCAUCAACAUUUUUAUUUACACAAGCUUACCAUGGAUGUGACCCAGUUUUAUGUACUUCCGAUCUUUGCUUUUUUAUGGUUUUACUUUUGAUUUUGUGUUAAUGUGUACACCACUUGGAGAAUUUUUUUCCUUGAUUUAGCAGUACAGGAAUUUAUGUAUAAAUAAAUAAAAACCCCAGGAUUUGCAGAUGUACAAAAAAUAUUUUAGAAAAAAAGCAGCCCACUAAGCACUGACUAUGCUCAGUGGUCAGUCAGAGAAUGCUGAUGAACUUUGAGGUGGGUAGUAGUGGGAUGGAAUUGCUAUAGCCCUGGACAGCAGCAUUCCACGCUGCAACAUUUUGUUGCAGGUCCCACUGGUCAUAUAAUAAUGCAGUCCAUUCCUGGGUGCAACCGUCCAUUGGAGGAGUGCCUACAAGAACAAAGGAUUGGAUCCUGAGUCCUUUGUGCGGAAUAACUAGUUUAAGGGUUUGGGUCAUCAGACAUCAUUUGAACUCUUUGUUGUUUUUCACAAAACAAAUCUGCUUGUUUGCAUUGGUAAUUGUGCCUCUGGCUGUUGCCGGGAAAUGUUCAUAACUACUUAAACAUAGACUACCUCUCCCCACCCACCCCAAUGAUAGGUGAACCAUCAUGAUUAAAGUUGGAUGAUAGGGUCACACUGAAUUCCUGUUGUAUUUUGAGGUUUAUUUGUGGAACAGUUACAGGUUAAAAAUAUGAUAUAUAAACAGUUUUAUGAAGUUCCAGCUCUGAAUGACUCCUGGCGACCACAAGCAGCCUAGGAAGCAGUUGUUAUGCUUCACAUAUUCUGUGAACUUUCAUUUUGAUUUUUCACCCAAAACUUUGCACCUGUGCAAAUAUGGGUGCUUGUUUUUCUUUUGUGUAUUUCAAUAGCCAACCUUGCUUGAGAUCAUAGUUUGAUCAAUUAACUUUUCAAAAGCAGCUGUUCCAAGGUCAUCUUAAUUUUCGACACAGUUAUGUUUCAGGGAUCUGCAAAACUGAUUAUAUUAAAGGAAUCAUCCUUUGAGUGUGGAUUUCCUUGCUUGGCAAUAGUUCUAAUCAUUUUUGCUGCACCUUGCAUGAUUUUAUGGUGUUGCCUAAACAAUAGGUAAUGGCGGCACAACUGGUUCUUUACUGAAGAGUUCUCAGACUAUUUUAAAAGCUUCAACAAUACUGGAACUGUUGUGAAAUAUUUGUUCCUGAUCCAUGAUACUAAUAAA